AUGACAUCGGCAGACGAGAAGAGCGCACCGGUUGUGGAGGUGCACCGCCAUCUCGACCCUAAUAUCCCGGCUGAGGCGCACGCUUGGGUCGACUCGCUUGCGCCAGACGAGUAUGAGCGCGCGCAGGCAAAGUUGAAGCGCAAGAUCGACAUCCGUAUCCUUCCAACCCUCUUCAUCCUCCUUGUCCUCAACUACCUUGACCGUAAUGCAGUGCCCCUUGCUCGCGUCCAAGGCAUCGACAAGGACCUCGGCCUCGUUGGUACCCAGUUCAACACGGUCAUCUCGGUCUUCUUCGCCGGCUACAUCAUCGGCCAAGUGCCGUCAAACAUCCUCCUCUCACGGUCCCCGCCUAGUCUCUAUCUCCCCGCGUUUGUGAUCCUCUGGGGCACCGUCAGCGCCUCUGCCGCCGCAGUCAACGACUACUCCCACCUCGUGGUGGUCCGCUUCUUCCUCGGCGUGACCGAGGCGCCAUUCUUCCCGGGCAUCCUCUUCUUCCUGUCGUCGUGGUACACGAAGCGCGAGCUUGCUCUCCGCACAUCGAUCCUGUAUACCGGCGCACACCUGUCUGGUGCGUUUGCCGGCCUGAUUGCAGCCGGGAUCCAGAAUGGGCUACACAUGGCGCGCGGCCUCGAGUCAUGGCGCUGGCUCUUCAUCAUCGAGGGUGUGCUCACCGUGUUCUGUGGUCUUCUGGCCGCCGUCAUCCUCCCCAACUGGCCGGCGACCACUCGCUGGCUCAGUGACCGUGAGAAGGCACUGGCUGCAGCCCGCCUCGAGCGCGAUGUAGGCAUGAGCGACGACGAGUACAUGCCCCUCGGCGCGGCGAUCAAGGAGGCCUUGAAGGACUACAAGAUGUGGCUCAUGGGUCUCAUCUACUGCAUGAUGACGACGGCAGGCGGGUACUCGGCCUUUGUGCCCACCGUUGUUGCGACGUUUGGCAAGAGCCGUGUCCAGACUCUCCUCCUCACUGCCCCACCGUACCUCGUUCCAGCAGUUACUGAGAUCUUGGUCUCGUUCUCGAGCGACCGCCGGCCCGAACGCUGCUUCCACUACACCAUCCCUAUGGUGUUGGGUAUCAUUGGCUUCAUCAUCGCCGCCACGACGACCACGACCGCGCCACGAUAUCUCUCCAUCUUCUUCAUGACGGGCGGCAUGUCGAGCUCGUUCACGGUUCUUCUGGCUUGGGUUGGCUCGACAUUUCCGCGUCCGCGCGCAAAGCGUGCUGUGGCUUACGGCACCGUCAACGCGCUUGGCAACAUCGCCCAGAUCUGGUCGCCGUACUUCUACCCAAAAUCGGACGGGCCGCGCUACGUCAAGGCGUUCAUCAUCAAUGCGUGCUUCACGGCCGGAGCGAUUGCGCUUAGUUUUGUGCUCCGCGAGUGUCUCCGGCGCGAGAAUAAGCGGAUGGACGAGCGCGAGAGUGACGAUGACAGUGACAUCCUCAAGAAGCGUAUCCGGUAUGUGCUGUAG